AUGACAAAGGUUUCCAUAGGGAAAUUGAAAAGCGUGCCAGACGCACUGCAGAAAUCGAUCAGCCGUACUCAAGUCGAGUAUCGCAGACUUGGUAAGAGUGGCCUGAGGGUGUCAAACCCAAUACUUGGUGGGUUGCAUAUUGGGGAUUCACGGUGGUUUCCUUGGGUUCUGGACGAAAAAAAAACUGCAUAUGACAGGGGCAUCAAUACUUGGGACACCGCCAAUGUUUACUCUAACGGCGAGUCCGAGCGCCUCUUCGGAAAAGCACUGCGAGAAUAUGAUAUUCCCCGAAGAAAGAUGGUCAUUAUGACAAAGGUUUAUAGAGUGAUCUGCGACUCGGAAGAGUUUGACCCAGGCUCAGGAGUCACGAUGCAUCAUAACAUCGCGGAUCACAGCAAAGAUUAUGUAAACCAAUGGGGUUUAUCUCGAUCUGCUCUUUUCAACUCAGUUGAAGCUUCAUUGGAGAGACUUCAGACCAAUUACAUUGACCUGCUACAAGUUCAUCGCUACGAUGAGACAGUCGACCCAGCAGAGACUAUGCAAGCUUUGCACGACCUUGUGCGCUCUGGGUCUGUUCGAUAUAUUGGAGCGAGCUCAAUGUGGACAUAUCAAUUUGCGACUUUGCAACAUACAGCCGAGCGAAAUGGCUGGACCCAAUUUGUGUCUAUGCAAAACCAUUACAAUCUUCUCUACCGGGAGGAAGAACGAGAGAUGAACCAAUAUUGCAAGAUGCACAAUAUAGGAAUUAUUCCCUGGGCGCCUUUCGCAUCUGGCAGACUUGUGCGGCCGCCAAAUCAGGAUGGAGGGCAAUCCAUCCGUCAUCGCACCAGCGCAAACGGCACUAUCUACGACGAAGGGGAGAGUGAUGACACCAAAAUCAUCAUAUCCCGUGUGCAAGAGAUUGCCGAGCGUCGUGGUUGGCCCAUGAGCCAUGUCAGUUUGGCGUGGCUUAGAGAAAGAGCCACUGCGCCAAUAAUCGGGUUUAGCAGUAUAAACCGCAUGGAUGAGGCAUUAGCUGCGCGGGGUAAGGUUCUGUCGGCAGAAGAGGAGAGCUAUCUAGAAGAGGCUUACAAGCCUAAGCCUAUACAGGGGCACUCAUAA